AUGUUGAUCGAGCAACUCCCAACUUCAUCUUCAUCCUCCGAUGCCGGCACCAAGAGUGGUGACCGAGAAACUUCAUCCAAGGCUCGUCAAGAAAAUCUUAACCCUUCUACUCCAACCACCGCUUCACCACAAACCAGCACUGCCACUCCACGUCCAGAAGUGGAUAAAGAGGCUCUAAGGCGCCUCUAUAAAAUCCUCCGGAGUAUACCCUCCAAGAUGGAUAUCGCGACGGUUUACGCCACCGUAAAAGCCCGACUUGGAAUAUCCCUGUCGAAGGACAAAGCCACAACCUCCACCUCCCAAAAUCCUUCCCGAAACCCUCCAUCUACUUCCCAAGCACAAGCCCCCCUUCGCACCCCUGAACCUACACCCGUCGUCCUCUUGGUGCAGUACAGUGGGGACGAUUCUGAGGAAGAAGGGGCUCAACCGGCCGCCACUCCAGCCGCCGAAACAAAACUCGUGCCGCAACCACAUGCAGAGGGCACAACUGUUCCCAACGCUCCGACACCACCAAGUGGUGGAGCCUCCAACUCCCCUACUCUCCUAAGGCCGACACAACCGAUCGAGGUUGUGAACAUUGACGACGACUCUAUGGAGGACUUUCUGCCUCCCCCAGCGAAAUACUACAACAAAGGGAGGCAGAAUGGACCUUCAUUCCUCAUGCAGAGGAUGAAUCGGUCCCGAAGAGGGAGGAGAAGCCGCUGCGCCGCAGGACGCGCAUAA